AUGCAGGCCAAGUGCCAAGACUGCUGUGAUUCGGAGGAGAUGAUGCUGGUGAUCGCGAGGUGUAGGAAAACUGGUCCCAAGUGGUGGAUGCUGGAUACAGGGGAAGGAAGAUUUGAGCUCUCCUGUUGCCUGAUGGAUUCCAGUGGAAUUCAAAGUAAGAAAGAAUCGGAGGAAUCGCAACAGAUCGUUUCGAACAACGUAGAAAACAAUAAAAACGAGAAGAGCCAAGACGUUGACACGACGUUGAAACCGAAGGAGAUCACCAAUCCGAAGAUUUUCAACAAUCCAGGACAUCAAUACAAGAAGAGCGUCCAGCUGAGGGAGUGCGUAACGUCCGAGCGUAUGAGAGACUCGACUUAUAAGCCCUGCUAUCCCGAGAGAAACCCGAAAGAAUUCACGGACAACAGCGAGAACAGAGAUAAUAGAGAUCCGCUUUAUGAUAAUUAUGGUGGGAAUGGUGUGACUCACAUCGAUACGCACAAGAACUGCAAAAGUGGAAUAAAUAUCAACAUCGUCUCUCAACAACCCUGCGAGAACAUCAAGUUGGAAAAACCCUUGUACACUGUUUCGUUUAAAAAGUGUUACGAUAAGAUAGAAAAAAAUUACUUACAAACUUUCAUUCUUAUCUUAUCCCGUGAUCGUCACGUUCGUGACAGGGAACCGGAAUUAAAAUCGGGGAACAAACGAAGAGUGAUUCACGCCAUGUGCGGGGGCAAAGCGAAAAACUGUGGCAACAGGAUGGAGGGGAAGAAUUUCCGGUGCACCUUCGAGAACUGUUGCGGCAAGUGCGAGUCGUACAUCAUGGAGAUGCAAAACAACGAUUGCAACUCGUGCAACUCGUGCAACGACUGCAACUCGGCGUGGCAAAACAACGAGGAGGACUGUUGCUGCCCCCGCGAGAUGGAGGUGGUCGAGGACUACCAAAACCCAAGUAAACAAUGCCUGCAACACGUCCAUUUCGGAAGCUGCCCGAAAGCGCAGAAUUGCGCUAGAUCGGACCACUCCACGUGCUCGUUCUGCUCGAGGAAGUGCACGCCGUCCAAGGCGAGUUUGUUCGUCGAGAUCGGGGAGAGCGUGGGGAACGUGUGCAAUCUAAACUCCGCCCAGGCGUUCCGCUGCGACUCGAUGGAAUUGAUCGACGAUUGCAUGAGGAACGAGCAUUGUUCCGUGAAGAGGAACAAGUCGGAUUGUUUCAGGAGCAAGCACAAGUGUAAGAAGAACGAGGCCAAGUUCAAUCCGAAUUGCCAGGGUCGGCCUGGCGCCAUGGAGCGCAGCUACUCGGAUGGUAUGCCGCGUAUGAAUCUGUACGUCGACAAUUGCACGGUCGAAACCCAGGAAGGCUGGACCGAGAUGAGGAACACACGCUCCAUCACCUUCGAGGAGACGCCUGUGCGCAAAAUAUCGACGGGAAGCGAUCCGUACUUGAGGAAGCAAGAGCAAUGUAGCAAGCAUUGCGAGCACAGAGAGCAUAGUUCGUUAACGGGGGACUCACGAAAGGGAAAGAUUUGGACGCAUCUGCACGACACGUACAAGUCUUUUGUGAAUAAGGCGACGACGGGUAUCGGUCAGAUCGUAAAACAAACUUCCAACAAAUUCAAACGAUCGAAGACAUUGCCGAAGGAUAAUCAUUUGUGCAGUAAAUGCGCGAGCAAUAUUAUAUACAUGGACCAAUUCAGUCAGUCGGAAAAAUGCAAUAAAUGCGCGUACGAUUCUUGUUGGCAAGACGUAGAUAUAGGCCAGGAUUCGAACAAGUGCGAGCAUUGCUGUAGAAACAUGUGUUGCGAUGGACUUCCCGAUUGUCAAACGCCCAUGUGCCAAAGUACGUUUCAUAAUUAUUCCAAGCCUGAAUGCGACACGCGGGAACAGAUACAGCCUAACACAGAUAAUUACCUAUGCGGAGGGGUGCGAGACAAUUUCUACAAUUGCAACAACGACCCGCUUGCCGAGCAACUGUUGAGCUUGCUCAAAUGCAACAGAUCCCGCACGAAGGGGGGCGGGGAUUCGUUCAAUCAGAGGAAGAAGCAAUCGAGCUGUAACCCGAGAUCGUCCAACAACCGCGGCAACACCGUGCAGAAAAAUCCAACGAAACAGAUCGUGGUUAGAAGAUCGAACCCGCCCCAGACCAAUCCGCCCCAGACGAACGCGCCCCAGACGAACGCGCCCCAGACGAACGCGCCCCAAACGAACGCGCCCCAACCGCCCGCCAGGCCCAUCACGCGCGUGGACGUGAGCGUGCAGACGAGUUUCGUCGACACCACGAUCGACCCCCUCGAGCCGUACACCACCAUCUACCCACCCUCGUUGGAAACUACGUACCACAGGGUAACGAUAAGCCCGGACCAAACGGGGAUAUCUAUCACGACGAGCGCGAUAGACAAAAGCCAAGAGAUAGAGUCGAUCGAGGACAUAUCGGACGAGUAUCACAGGCCCCCGUUCGUGAGGAGGCCUGUCGAGAUGGCUUCGAUCGAGGAGAUCGAGGACGUCGACGAGUCCACCAUUUACCGCCCGUUACCCGAUCCAAGGAGGAGGAUGUUGCCGUCCGAGAUAGAGCCGGUCGACGACACGACCGUGUACCGCACCCUGCCGCCCAGGGAGGAGCCCCCCGUCACGCCCGAGCCGAGGCCGGUGAGAAGAAGAGUGGUGCCCAGUCCCCCGAGCCUGCCUAGCCCCGAGAGGGCAGAGUGGACGCCGAGGUACGUGUCUACGCCUGUGCGCGCCCCAACCCCCCGCAGAGUGGUCCCGAGCCCCCCCACGGAGUGGACGCCGCCCAGGUACCCACCGCGCACGCCGCCCAGGCCCGCCAGGCCCCCCGACGUCAGAACCCCGCCACCGCCUCCGAGGAGGCCCGUGGCAAGGCCGGAAACGCCGAGGACCCCUCCGGAACCGACGCCUCCCCCGCCUGCCAGGGCCAUUCAGUGCGCCCUGGUCAAAGAGAUACGAGUGAUAUGCACCCCGAGCCUGAGGGACGUGACAGGUAGGAUAGGGGACGUGUGCGCCUGCCCCUCGAAAGAGAAGGUGCCCCCCCCGCCGCCAGUGUUGCCCAAGGUGGUCACGAAAGAGCCUGGCCCGCCGCCCAAACCUGAAAAGCCUCCACCGCCCAAACCCGAAACACCUCCACCGCCCAAACCCGAGACGCCUCCACCGCCCAAACCCGAGACACCUCCACCGGCCGAGGUGGCUGCGCCCGAAGUAACCCCGGAGGUGGUGGCCGCCGAGGAGGCGCCGGAAGCAGCGGAGCCCCCUGCGGAGGAGGCGCCCGCUGCCGAGGAGGCGCCCGAGGCGGCGCCUGCGGCCGAAGAAACGCCUGAGGCGGAGGCGGAAACGCCGGCCGAGGAGAAGGAGGCUUCUCCCGCGGAGGAGAAGGAAGAGGAGAGGGUGGAAGGGGGCGAGGGGAUGCACGUAGAAUCGGGCGAGGAGAGCCCUAUAACGGAUACACCGGAGGAAGUGGCCACGGCCACGACGGAGGAGGAUUUGAUCGAGUCGAGCGAUGCGAAGGAGGAGGAAGAGAGAAAGGCGGAGAAAAGGGAGCUGGCCGCGACCCCGAGGAAGGAGGUCACCUCUGCUUCGCCGGAGGAGGUUAGAACGGAGGUGACGGAGCCUCCACCGUUGGACAUGUCGAGGCUGCCGAGGAUCCAGGUGCACACGAAAAUACCAAUUGAAUUGGCGAGAAAGUUGGAGGGGGCCCGGACGCACGUGAACGUGCAGAUGCAAACGUCGAACACGAUCCUGACCCAGAUUUUGUCCGAGUUUCAAACGGGGACCCAAAAGAAGCAGCUCAUGAUGAGCAUCAAGUUGCACUCGGACGUAGAUGAGGACGAGGACGAGGAUGAUUUCGAUAUCGAAGAGCUGCCCGUUCGAAGACAGUUGUUCGUAGAUGACGAAGACGAUGACGAUGAAGAUCUUGAACAUAUGAGAGAUAUAGAGCAUCAACCAGUGAGGCGACCGUAUCCCUAUCCACCGUCGGAAAGGGUUUAUACACCUCGAUACGAUGUUUCCACGAACACGAGUAAGGGACAUGUCUAG